GAAUAAUUAUUAUUUAACUUAUGCCACAGAUAUCAGUAAUAGACUUAGGCUAUUACCAGCUUCCAAGGCCGUUCAGGAACUUUGAAAUCAAGGUAGAAGACCUUGAAGGAGACAAGGUCUAUGUCUUAGAGACCAAUACCUUACUCCUAGUGCAAUAUUCAGAGUUCUUUGUUAAAUAUUUAAAGGAUACUUUUAACUCUCAAUCUGAUAAAGAGGUGAAGUUACAAGCUGAUGUGUGCUCUUCUCAUUCAGUAUCAUGAAUUCUGAAAUGGAUGCACUGCAAUUUCUUGUGUAAGCUUCGGUCACUACCUAAAUCGAUGAACCAGAAAACCACCAAGGCAAGGCAGAGAGAUAGUUUGACUGAAAUUCUUUCUGAAAAGUCAAGUUUAAAGGAUUUUGACCUUUUUGAGUUGUUCAAAACUUCUGAAUUCUUUAUGGUUAAAUAAGGAGUUUUAUGACGACCUUCAGUUUUCAUUGAUGCUGCUCACCAAUGAAGAUACUAGUGUUGACCUUUUUGAACAGAUUCUAGUGAUAAGCCAAUAUUUUGGAGCAUGAGUAGAACAAAUUAAAAGCUUAGUGAUGAAGUUUAUUUACUCUCAUUUUUCACGAAUCGAAGGGAUUCCAAGGCUAUUUGAAGUUUUUGAAAACAAUGAAGAUAUUCUAAACAUUAUCAUUAUGGCUAGUCAUUACCUGAAAAUGAAUGACCAAAAACACCUCGAAUCCUACAUCGACACCUUAAAGAGCUAUUUCGACAAAUAACGUUUUUGGAUGUCUUGAAAUGUUCAGGAAGGCAGCUCGAGAGAAGUUACCGAAUUCUGUUGGUUUUGAGUAUUUUACAGCUGAAGUUCAGGCUGCUUCGAUCUAUCUCAACGCCUCUUCUGAUAUCGAGGAUUUCGAGAUGAUACAGUUGCACAAAGGCACUCACUUUGUAUGGAAGGUUAAGAUCAAACUGAAUGACAGAAAGGAGAUUGGGGUCUUCUUUUCCCCCAGAAUUCAGAAACAAGACGGAAGACUUGUCACAGGUAGAGAAGAUAGGUCUAUUAUUGAGAAGUAUGGUAACUUCCGUACAGCCUUUUACAAUAUUCAGCUAGAGAACUGCUUUAUGUCAGUGUAUGGGAAGAAUCAUUCAUUAUAUUCUUUCCCUUUGACUGAAAAUUACUUCUUUGGACCGUCUAAUGUUGCUACAACUCCUGAUAUUGUAAACUUUUUAGAGAGAAAUGCAAAAUCUAGCUAUCAUAUCAAAAUUCAGUUAUAUGAAGAUCCGGUGCAUUCAGCUAUAAUGAACUAUAUUGGCAUGCAUUUUGAAAGUCUUUUGAUAAAGGCUAGUGAUAGAGAUCUUGGGAAAAUUGAUCCCAAAGAGUUUAUAUGCCUUAUGGAGUCUAAGAUUCAUCAGAAUCUUAGUCCAACAACUCUGUUGAAGAUAAUUGAUAGGUAUUGUAUUGUGAAGGAGCUUAGUUUGUCUCAUAGAAGCCAAAUAAUGGCUACUAUUUCAGUAUCUUCCAAUGAUUUAGCAAGGUAUCAUGAACAGUCAAGGGAAAUGUUCUUCGGGCCUCAGAGCGGUUACUCAAUAAUAUUCACUCCAGAAUACCAAAGAUUACUUGAAUUCUAA